GAGCGCUUUUCUUUUUUAAAAAAAGUAUUUUUAUUUUAUUUUUGUCGGAAAAGCUCGUUUGACUCGAAAUUCAGGUCUCGGAAGAGGCCGGGCAUACCUAUCGGAUCUAGUUUUCGAACUUUUUGUUUCUCCUAAUCCUUGUGAACUGUAAAAAUUGCUAAUUUUACAUCUUUCUCCAUUCCCUCAAUCUCCAAAGUCCAAAGUCAUUCAUAUCUACUUCUUUAAAUUGUUUGUGUGGCUUCAAUUUUCACUGAAGUUUAUCUCAUAUCCGGGUAUUCAAGCUAAUCAGAUGAUGAUGAUUCAAUUGACGUGAGAUAAUCAAGGUUGAUCAUUUUCGCCAAUUUUCCUGUUUGUAACCUAGAAAUCAAUAAUAUUACUCAAUUCAAUGGGAGAAAUUGAGCCCAGCAAAAUGGCUGCUCCUGUACGGUAUUUGGUAACUUGGGAUGAAAUUGAUCUUGCUGAAAGCUAUCUUGUUAGUGGCAUGUUUGAAGAGGCGGCAACAAUGUCCGCUUCUGCUUUGAAACGUUUACAUGACAAUAGACACAUAUACGUUGACGACAAUAUCACUUUGCUUGAAAUGAUGGAAUCAUCUGCUAUGGUCCUAGCUCAGUCAUGGAAGGGAGCUGGAAGGACAACAGAUUUAUUUAAGGAACUUGAGUUUUACUUUGGAUCAGUGACUGCCAUUCCGGUUCAAGUUGUCCUUACCAGUGCUUGCGUACUGAUCUCAGGUGGGCAUCCCACUAGAGUUCGUGAUUUCAUGGAGAAAUUUUUUGAAAAAUGGCAGUUCAACGAUGAGAAAUAUUACCCUUUGUCCAGCCAGGAUGUCCCGGAAAAUAUUAUGUUUUAUACAAUUUUGGAAGUGGACCAAUAUCUCAAAGUUGUUGAAUUUUAUGCGUUGACACUCCUGGCAGUAGUUUUAAAUGACGUCGAUCAUGCUGUCGCAUGGGUUGAAAAGGCCGAGUUACCAGAGGAAGCACGGCAGGAUUUCUUGAGGAGACUCCUCUCACUGUAUCCUUUUAAAUCAUCCAUGUCAACACAUGGGGCUGUUUCAGUAUCAGCAGCUGAGGAACCAGAAACUCGCCCUUUAUCUUCGAAGGAAGUUAAGCAAUCUGACAAGCCCAUGACAGUCAUGAGCACUCAACGUCAUAAUGGAAUGGUUGGUAUAAAACAUACCAUUUGGACAUGGUUGCAGGACAUGAUACAGAAGUCUUGCAAUUCCAUAAUUGCAUAUAAAGGGAAGAUCUUCAUGGGUUGUUUGAUCUUUCUGAUUUGCUAUUACAUCCGCAAGAAACGAGAAUCUGUAAAGAGGGCUGUUCAAAUGCGAGUGUCAUCGGUGAAGAAGGCUUUGUUGGACUUUUGGAAUCUUGCAUUUUCAUACCAAGUGAACCCACUGGCUGCUGUUCAGCCACUUCCUACCGCAAUGAAUAGAAGUAGAUGAUUGUUCACCAAGUUACACAGCGUUGUGCUGGUGCUUUGAUUGAGAUUCUAAGCUAAACAAUGCCUUUUUCGGCCAUUGAUGCUUAUUGUAGUUGGUCAGCACCAUGAAGCUAUACAAGCGGGGAAUGGCUUUCUUCAAGCUGUGGCUGAAGCUUCUGUUGUUGACAAUAUUGUAUAUUAAUUGUAUAUUAAUUGCAGGAUGCAAACUUGGUUUUUUGUU